UAUGGGGGAAAGUCAGAAGGGAGAGAAUGUGAAAACAGAAAGUACCAAGUGCAGAAUGUACCAUGAUUAACAGCAGCACAUAUUAUAUGGCAUGCAGGAAUUAGAGAAUGUAAAACCUAUGGGCAGUGGUUUCCCAACAGCUGCCGGGUACCAGCAUGUCACAGCCCUCCUGCGAUGGCCACCCCCUCUGGAGUCAGGCACAGAGUGGAUCUGCACACACUCCCUGCCUCUUUGUGCCCUCUAUGGGUAGAGGCUGAGGGCUGAAGGCAGCAGCCCCCCGCAAGGCAUCCCUAUCCCCAGAGGUGCUUUGGGCAGCUCCAAGUGCAACACGAGGUCCCUCAGCAGCACCCCUUCCCCUGUGCUUCCCGCCCUUGUCCAUACAUCUUGGUGGCAGCUCAGGGGGCUCCGCUGACCACCCACUCUCCCCAUUGCACAUGGGACAGGCAUUGCCCAGCAGCACUGUGCAGGCUGUACGCUGUCCAGGAGAGCAUCCUAUAAGGUCUGGGAGACCAUAUAGGAUAUGGGAUCCUAUAUACAUUCACAGGCAGCUCUUCAAGCAGCAGCUAGAGCCAGCAGGACCACUUCAGGUCUAUUUAACAAGUGAGAGGUCUCCCUUGUUUCACAAAAGCUCUGAGGGCCAUGCUGGAGUCUCCUUUAAUACAGUAUACUGGGGGGUGCUGGCAGGUCCUCAUCUCAAGUACCAUAUGUCACUUUGAGUGCUGUGGUAUAAGGACAUAAAGUGACCAGAGAGUGUCCAAAGGAGGGCAAUCAAGAGAGCGAAGGGUCUGAAGGGGCUCUGUGAUGUAGCCCAGGUCAGGCAAUGCCUUCAAAGGGUUUGGUGUCAAAUCCAGUAAGUAAUAAUGCUCCUUAUCUGGAGCAUAUGCCAGUUUGGUAGAAUGUUGUGCAAACACUGGAUGCUGGUUGCUGGCUGGUUUAAGAUCUCUUAUCGCAGAAAGCUACAGCUGAGGAAUGAACAGCGACGCUGACACACCGAGGGCAAACAAACCAUACAUUUCCAGCCCUGUGGAUGAUGGAAGGAGGAGCGCUGCCCUCACCUGCCAAGCCCCAUAUAAGCACCCUGCCACCAGGCCAGGUACCCCAGCUUCCUGCUCCACAGGGACCCCACAGCAACGACAUGGCUGCUCAUCACUCCAGACUCCUGCUGUGCACCUGCGUGCUGGCCCUGCUCACCCCUCUUCUUGCUGUGGAGAUUGAAAACCUGACAAGACUAAAAGCAAAUCUACCUGAAAUUAUUAAUCUCCAUUCAGACAGGCACCAUCCUGGUCACGAUGAAGGAAACGCACGGCGUGGAAGAGCCAGUGAGACAGGUUGGCCCAAGGAUUGCAGUGAGAUCUCUGCAGGCAGCCCCAGUGGCAUCUACGUCAUCCAGCCCUCAGGGCUCCACCCCAUUGUGGUGUACUGUGAGAUGAACGCGACAGACGGGGGCUGGACGGUCAUCCAGAGGAACCGCUACAACACAGACAUCACCUGGGCCGAGUCCUGGAGCACCUACAAGUACGGCUUUGGGAACGUGCACAGCGACUACUGGCUGGGCACCGAGUACAUCCACCAGAUCGCCAAGCAGAAGGUCUACCAGGUCAGAUUCGUCAUCCAGGAUGCCUCCAACAACACCAAGUUCGCAGAGUACAACCUCUUCAGUCUGGACGAUGAGUCCCAGGGCUACCGGCUGCGGCUGGGAACGUACACAGGGACAGCGGGGGAUGCCAUGACUUCAGCCAAUUCCGCUACUGUGCAUGACAACAUGAAGUUCUCUGCUAAGGACUUGGACCAGGACACUAACAGCGGGAACUGUGCCUCCACCAAUGGAGGUGGGUGGUGGUAUUCAUCCUGUUACUCUGUACGGCUGAAUGUCAAGGGUGCCAUAACGUGGAGUGGCCUGUGCAGUGGCAACUGCAAAGCUUCUGCCAUCCUCAUCAAAACAGCACCCUACUGCUAGCUGCAUUUUCAUUUCCUUUCUGUCCAACCUGUGGCUAAGUAUAGCUCUACAAAGAGAUGGAAAAGGCAAAACAUGUCAUGGCCAAACCUAGUGUCUCUGUGGGUCUUUGCUGAGGUUGUUUGUAUCCUAGCUACUGAAGAAAAUAAGACAUCCUCCAUUUCUCCCUCCUGUAGGUUUCUUCUGCUCCUCAACUGGGCCUUUAUCCUUUUGCUCAGAUCCAGGUCAUUUUGUUCAUAAUUGUGUUAAUAACUGGGUUAAUAAUCAGAACAGUUGCUUGCAAAAUCUGGAGUUUCCAGAUGUGCAAUGCGCCUCAGGCAAAAUGUGAAACAGCCAAACUCAACUGUGAGUUGAUUUACGUCUUUAACUUCAGGCAAACAACAGAACUUUCACUCACAGAAAAAUUAAAAUUUCUUGAUCGGGAUCACACAAAUUCCCACUCUCUACCUUCUGCACUUCAGGCUUAACAGUUGUUACGUAUCAAAAUAAAUCUAUAUUCAAAGAACUACCCCAAUUGUAAACAUCUGUUUCAAGUCUCUGAUGUGCUCACAGAGGUUAGUGUGUUCAAAACCCUCCUCUGCUGAAGCUCUGCUUUCCCAUAGGACAAGCAUUUGGGAAGGAACUAUGAAUUAAGAGCUUGCGUAUGCUGUGCUGCAAAAGCCAAUGGAGUUCAGCCACUGGUGAUGGGAGAGGAUGGGAAGCCAGGAGUCUGCAUGAGAACUUCUGUCUUCUCUCACCUUCAAAACAGAGGGCUUUGAAGUGUGAUUAGACCCAUCUGCUCAUGUAACAUUUAGAGCAGCUUUUCAGGAUUUCACUUGCACACAAAGUGAUUGUCCUGCUGGAAAAAACUGACCAGGUGGCCUUCCUGGAUGCAUGUUCAACCCUGUCCUCCAGGAAGUAAAUACCCAGGCGUAUCUUGCCAUCUUCAAUCUUAAGCUGCUGUCUAACUUAUGAUUAAGCUUUGUUAAAUCACUAUAUUGUAUCUCUUUUGGGCCCACUUCAGUGAGAUAAAGCAAGGUAGAGUGAGUUGUUUUUAAUGAGUUGCUUUGUUUGUCUACAGUCUGGAAAAGCAAAUGUGUCAUUACAAAUGGCUUUGAAUGACAGACCCAAAUCCCAGGUGAAUCCACUGCAGCAUCAGGGAAUUCAGUGGUGCAGAACUGUCCUGAUGCUGUGGACAUGUGCAGCACACGGCAGGGUGAAAAGCUUUGCUGUGGCAGGGCACGCAGCACCAGUGGAUUAUAUGGCAGAUGAAAUUGCCAUUCAAUGUUGUUCUCCUCUGCCCAGUGCUGUAUCAUCGCACCCGUGAAGCGUGUACCUUGAUUGCUCUCGAUGACCUGUGGAGUCCCAUAUACUGCCAUUAACUUGGUUAAAGCCUUGAUGGUGUAGGCCUGGUUUGCUUUUGGUACUGGAUAGACCUGCAUCAGUCCACUUGCCGUGUCGACACAAGUUAAUGCAUAUCUGGCCCCCUCAGAUCGUGGGAGAGGGCCUAUAUAAUCAACAUGCCACUGUUGGAGAGGGUUAUGUCCUCUGGCAAGGUGAGCAGUCAUCUCUGGCAAGGCUUUCGGUCUCAUUCUCGAGCAAGCUUCACAAUUGUGACAUGCCUGGACAAUACCUGACAUAGUUAUGGACAGCCCCCAUGCCUUUGUAGCUGCCUACAUUGUCUUCUGUCCAGCAUGUCACAGCUUCUGGUGUAGCCAGUGGGCGACAUCCUUGGAAGGAGAGUUCUCAAUCCACCGUACUCGAGCCAGAGUGUCAGCCUCAUCAUUUCCUGGUGACUGCAGGGGGUGAUGUCCAGAAACAUGGUAGAUGUGUAUGGUUCUAUGUUUAACCACAUUCCAUAUGUCUAACCACAUCUCCUUGCCCCAGAUCAGUCAGGCGUGGAUGGUCCAGUCUUGGGUGGCCCACUGUGCAAUCCAAAGAGUGAGCCCACGAUACACAGCCCAACUAUCUGUGAGAAGUUCAGUGCACUGUCACCAGGUUCCUUGGUGAUAACCAUCCACACAACUCACAGUUCUGCCCAUUGGCUACUUUGACCAUCCCCCUCUUCAAACCAGAUUGUGUCAGUGGAGGAAUGGUAUGCCACUACUCUCCACUUGCUCACGUUACCUUUGCUGGACCCAUCCGUAUACCAGGCAUCUUCAGGAAUGGGAUCUGUCCCCUCCUGAACAGGACUCUUCUCCGGUGGAGCGACCGUUGUUUCUUUUGGCGUAUCACUGUGAUACAUCACUGGGCCUAAGAUCUUUUGAAGUUCUUCUUUCAAUGGUGAUGAAGACAAUCUACUCCUCUGGCUGAGAUAGGCGACCCAUCGUGCCACUGUUUGUGCUUGGGCCACCCCUGUCUUCAGAAGGUGGGUCAGAUCUCUCACCCACCCCUGAAUUGGCAAAGAGGUCUUAACUGGGACCUCAGAUGUUUGGGUUACUGGCUCUACCACCUGUAAUGCAGAGUAGGCAGCCAAUAACUGUUUCUCGAUCAUGCUGUAUCUUUCCUCCGCUCCGUGCCAGACCUGAGACCAGAACCCGAUCGGGGUCCAAACAGAACUCUGGCGUUGCUACAGGCCCCAGCCAAAGCCAUCCUGAGUGACAUGAACGUCCAAUUCAGCUGGGAGGGUAGGAUCAAAUAUACCCAGCGCCUGGGCUUGUUUAACAGCCAGUUUCACCUGUUGGAAAGCCUCAUGUUCUGUUCUUCCCCAAUCCCAUAGUUGUCCCUUCUUUGUGAGUCUAUAUACUGGCCUCAGCAGCUGCACUAAAUGAGGUAUAAAGGAACGCCAAUAUCCCAAUAUACCCAAGGACUCCUGCAGCUGCUUUGGUGUUGUAGGGACUGGGAAUGCCUGAAUCUUAUCUAUGACAGCACUGGGUAGUACUUUUUUUCCUGACCAAACUACCCCUAGGAAUUUCACAGAUAGGCCUGGACCCUGCACCUUCUGGGGGUUUAUAGCCCAUCCUUUUUCCUGCAGAUAGGUAGUUAAUGAAUCUGCUGCCUGCCCUACUGCCUCCAGUGAGUCAGAUGUCAACAUGAGAUCAUCAAUAUAAUGAUACAAGCUAACAGUGUUAGGUUUUUCCCAAUUUGCCAGGUCACGUGCCACUAGGUUACGGCAGUAUGUUGGUGAAUGCACAUACCCCCGUGGCAGGACCUGAAAGGUGCACUGCCUGCCUCCCCAUGUAAAUGUGAACUGGUCUUGUGAUUCUUCAGCAACUGGAAUACUGAAGAAUGCAUUUGCCAAGUCUAGGACACAAUGGUAGGUUUUUAUUUCCCUCCUCAAUGCGUUCAUUAGGGAGGCAAUAUUGGGUACGGCUGCGUGAACAGGCGGUGUGACCUUAUUUAAUUCUCUAUAGUCUACUGCCAUUCUCCAUAUGCCAUCUGACUUUCACACUGGCCAUAUGGGGGAAUUAUAUGGGCUAUGUGCAGGUCUUAUGAUCCCAGCUUUUUCUAACUCCUGCACAGUCCUUGAUAUUUCAUCUCGCCCCCCCAGGAGUCUAUACUGCCUCACACCAGUAAUCCGGCGCGGUUCCAGCAGGCGAAUAGGCUCAUGCUUUGCAUGGCCUCUCAAUAUCACCUGCACCGCCCGGACACUGAUACACCUCUGUCAGAGUCUGAACUCUCCAACAGUUGUCUGGAGAGCCAGACCCCAUAAAACGUCUGUGCCCAAGAUGUACUCCGGGACUGGGGCAAUAGACACCUAAUACUCCUGGGGCGGGAGACACCCAACCCCCAAUUUCAACCACGUCUGGGUAACUGGAAAGGUCUGUCCUCCGAAACCACCGAUCAUCGCUCUAUCCCCAUUAAACUUAGUCGGAUCCCCAUAAAUAAUCGAUGUUUCCACACCUGUGUCAACCAGCACCAUAACCCUUUGUACAUUCUUCCGGGACCAAAAAAUGGUCAGCUCAACAUAGGGCCUCCGGUCCCAUCUGGAGGCCCUAGUUACAUGGGGACUAAUAUCCCCUGUCAAGCCAUGAAUUGGGCGAGAGCCAAGUCUUUUUCCUCAGGUGGCUCAGGCAUCAUAGCCCAAGUCACCUAGGGCAGUUUUUUCCUUUUAUUAGGGACUAUAAAGUCCUCUAAGUUCCAAGUAUUUGCUGGUACUCGUUCAAUUAUUCAUACCCCUGUUCUUCUUUACUUUGACAUUUUUGGUCGUCCCUUAGUUGUUUCCAUAAGGGAAGCAAAACAUGAUUAGGUUGGCAAUUGAUUUUAGCAAAAGCCACCCCAGCCCAUAUAAGGUCAUUGAACAUCUCUUUAUGGGACACCCGUAUGGGGCCCAAUCAGGGUGUCUGUGGGGCAGCUUUUCUAGUUUUAAUUACUGGAUAUACCUCAGCCCCUUCCACUGUCCUAAUAUUAUGCCUCGCCCUUAAGCACUCCAUCUCCCCCAGAUCAGCCACCAACUGGGCAGCCUGCUGAACAAUGGCCUCUGAGGCCACCGGGGGUUCAAUAUAGAUACCAGUGUGCCAUAAUAGUGGGAGGGUGCC